AUGGUUGAUAAAAUCCAAUUUGUCAAAGAUGCUGCUGACUUCACAUCAUAUUUAAAUUCCAAUCAAUUGUUCAUCAGUUAUUUCACCGCGUCUUGGUGUGGGCCUUGUCAAGCCAUCAAGCCAAAGGUUGAAGAAUUAUACUCUAAGUACACAAAUGUCGAAGUUGCCAAAGUAGAUCUUGACUCCAAUCAACAAUUGGCCCAGCAGUACGGGAUCACUGCUGUGCCAACUUUGAUUUUCUUCCAUAAGCAAAAACAAGAUGGCCAAGUAAGAGGGGCGAACCUCGGGGAGAUUCAAAGCAAAUUUGAUUCAUUGAGUAAACUCGAACCUAAUGCUACAAGAAAUGGGAAUGGUACAGGAGGAGCUAGUAGUGGAGCAUUGAAAAAAACUGGGAUUUACAAAGAAGUUGGUGGGUUUUUGCCAGGCUCUGAUUAUGAGAUCUUGAAUGGGGCUGUUGAUUUUAGCGGGUAUGAGGCAUUGAACAUCCUCCCAUUUAAGAAAUCUAAAGGCGAUUCUAAAGUAUUGGUUAAAUUGGUUGACGACGGGAAAGAAGUUCAGGAUUCGACAGUAUUAACUGAUGCGGACUCUCAAGGAAUAAUCUACUUGCCGUUCUUGAACACCGUUAAAGUUUAUUCUCUACUUGUUAAGCUAAAACCGGGAAACAAAUUGGAGUUUUCUGGGGACUCGGAGGUCGAUGAAGACGAAGCUGAUGAGUUGCAAUUCCCAAAGACCUUGAAGAUUUGGAAGAAUUUGACCAGCGUAAUUUCCUUUGAUGAUGCCAACUCAAACAAUAACUACGACCAUGUUGAAGAAAUUGACGGAUCAAAGAUUUCUUCAGAAGGUAACUGGUACGAAAUUAAGCUAAAGUUUGUUAAAUUUCAAAAUACCAAAUCUCUCAGUAUAUUCAUUGAUGGUGACGAUGAGGAUAAUCACACUAUUAUCGAAAAGCUUAUUAUUGUCGGUAUCAGCGGAGAAGCCAGAGCCCAACAAACAUUAUCACAAGAAGAGCAUAGCCAUUAA